ACUUGUCGCGAUUUGGCGUACGGUGCUCUCGCGCGCCUCUUCUUUAUGUCUCACAACGACUCGGGGAGGGCAGAGUGCAUAACAUAUAAUCAGAAUGUAACUGAUUUACAGUGUCUUCUCUAUAAAAUAAUUUUCCUUCGUCUUCCCUAGUUACUAGUUCUCGAGAAACUUUUUAUUACUUUCUAAAACGUAUUUAAUUUUCCGCGUGUGUUUCGUUUCGAGCUCGCGCCAACAAAACGUGUGUGUGUAUAAAUAAAUAUUAAUUUUAUAGUUGUCGAUCUGUACCCGACAUGACUAUAUCGUACGCCGGUGAAGUUCCAAACGGUAGCAGUUUCGGUUGUUUCUGGCGAAUCCUUUGCAAAUGGCGUGGCAGUGUAUACAAGCUGGUUUGGCGUGAGCUGCUUGCCUACCUCACUCUCUACUACACCAUCAACUUAAUAUAUCGGUUCGCACUAACUGAGGACCAACAGAGAAUAUUCGAGAAGGUGCGUCAAUAUUUCGGAGCGCAGAGCGAAUCUAUACCAAUGUCGUUCGUGCUGGGCUUCUAUGUGAGCCUGGUGGUGAAGAGGUGGUGGGAGCAGUACAAGCUUCUGCCCUGGCCUGACACGUUGGCGCUGUUCAUCUCCGCCGGGAUCCCUGGAGCGGAUGAGACCGGGCGUCUUAUGAGAAGGAACAUCGUAAGAUACGCAAUCCUGGCCUACGUGAUCACCUUGCAAAGGGUCUCACUCAGGGUCAAGAGACGAUUUCCCACGUGGCAACACGUCGUUGACUCCGGCUUGAUGCUCGAGAGUGAAAGAAAGGUGUUUGAGAAAAUGGACGGCAAGAGUCCCAUGUCAAAGUACUGGAUGCCGCUAGUAUGGGCUACGAAUAUCAUCAACAGAGCGAGGAAGGAAGGCCUGAUAACGAGCGAUCAUAUCGUGCAAACAUUACUCGUGGAACUUUCAGACAUCAGGAGGAGGUUAGGAGCUCUCAUCGGGUACGACACAGUGUGCGUGCCACUUGUGUAUACACAGGUGGUAACCCUAGCUCUGUACACGUACUUCGUGGCAGCCCUGAUGGGCAGACAGCUUGUUCCACCAGCUUCCGGCAGCACGUCGAAAUACGAACCCGAUGUAUACUUCCCUUUAUUUACCGCUCUACAGUUUUGUUUCUACGUGGGGUGGCUGAAAGUUGCCGAAGUUCUUAUUAAUCCUUUCGGUGAAGAUGACGACGACAUUGAACUCAACUGGCUUAUUGAUAGACAUAUCAAGGCAGCAUACAUGAUAGUCGACGAAAUGCACGAAGAGCACCCGGAACUUCUAAAAGACCAGUACUGGGAGGAAGUUGUACCCAAAGACUUACCAUACACUGUCGCAUCAGAGCACUAUCGACGCCACGAGCCGGCGUGUUCCGCGGAUCACUAUAAAGUGAAAGCUGAGGACGCUGUUUAUGCAAACGUUCAAGCUCCAAGGAAAAGUCAUGACGAGACCUACGCUGAUUAUGAAAGCGUAGAUACACCGUUAGUAGAAAGAAGGAAAAAUUGGUUCCAAAGACAAAUAUCAAGAAUGGGAUCAGUACGAUCAGCGUCAACUGCAUAUUCUUCCGGUGGAUUGUUCGGAAGGAAUCGACAUAAUUCCGUAGUGUAUUCCAGUCCUGAGGCUGGGCAACCAGCAGGGCCGCCACCGCCUCAUCAUAAAAUGUCGCUAUAUGAAAGACUAGUUGGCAGAAAAUCUGGCAGGGGUCAAAAAAGUAAUGGAUCAGCAAUACCUAUAACUCUUCGUAACAGACCUCGCAUACCAACACCAGACGUGACGAAAGAAGUUAUGGACCGUGAGAAUAGGAUAGCCAUGGGUAUGCAGAACAUGGGAGUGAUCAUGGCCCAUCAGGGUUAUCAGAACGAGGUGCCAGUACUUGGGGCACUGGUGUUAUCGCCCAUACAGGAGUUGGAUAGUGGAUCAGUUAAUAACACAUUGCAUGCUGGUCAACCAGGUACUACGGCUUUAGCUCAAGCUGUUCUGUCUCCUGGUAUAACACCAAUGCUAGCAGCCACGCCUGUCGUAUCGCCAGUCACACUAUCGCCGCUGGGCGUGUCUCAGUUGACUCUAGUAAAUGGCUCAGCGCCUUCGACCCCGAGACCAGAUCGCACAACACCACCAAUCCCAAGAGCCACGGUGACAGAAAUCCCAUCAGACAGAGACAGCGAACACAGUGGGACAGGAACACCGCCAGAGUUUUCGAGAAAACCGAACGGGUCUAAAAGGGGAGAAGUUUACGUGUAAAGUCAGUUAUAGACAGGGCGACCGAACGACAACCAUUGUUAUUAGUGUAUUAAAAUCAAUUUCUAUGACAAAAUUAAAUGUCAAGUUUAAUGUUAUGUUCGUUCGCUCUAUCUAUUGAUUGUUAAUUCAUGGCGAUCCGCCAUUACGAUACGAUCCGUCAUACUCAAGGUGUUACAGAAUCUCUAAGGCUUUGAUAAAGCAUUAAAAUCGCGAGGUCGCGCGUCCAGCUCUCUAGCGACUGGAUCUUACCAUAGGCAGUAGAGUGUGUAUAAAUAUAUUUAGACGAAUUUUAAUAUAAUUGUAACUGUGGUCGAUUAGCAUCACUAAAAUUCGAGAUGAGUGUUCGAAAUCCGUCCAUAAAAAGUGGUGCUAAGUACGUUAUCACUAUUUUAAUGUUUAUUCUAUGUACAGAAUGUUUUUUUGACUGAAGUAUAAGAGUUUAUUAUAGUAUAAAUUUAACGUGUGUUAUUUAAGAAGUCGAACUAUAUUUAUAUAUAUACCCUAUGUAUUAAAGAAAUUAAAUUUACGCACAAACAGGGAUUGAAUUAUAUAGAUUUGUAUAAAAUUAUUUUAUUGUAUAUUAUUAUUAUUUUUCAUUUUAUUUACAUAUCUUUUUUUUUACUUUGUUACUUAUCCCAAAAUUGAAAAGAUAUUGAUUAAUAUAAUUUUCCGACAAAAA